AAGAUUACGACGGGCAGAGUUGGUUAAACCCGGUGAAUGCACCGUUUACCUAGUAUAUUAUUCCGUGCAGCGGUUGUGUUUGCAUACGGUAUUGUUACUGACAAAUGACCGGCCAGACCCGCUUGUGUUUGUUUACUUGCGGUAUCACGGCUCGGUUUGUUACUGUUUGCUGAGUGGCUCCUAUGUAAUGUGUUUCACUUCAUGAGUCUUGAUCAGUAACUUAAUCUGAGUUGCAUCUGAAAGAUGUUCUGUGCUGUUACUGUAUGUCGGAUGGUUUUGAAUUGCAGAGCUUUUUCUGCAACUAGUUCGAUUCGCAUUCCUGAACGCUGUGGGACAGCCCGUACCCUUGUUCCUGGCCAUGGCACCUGUGAUCUUCCUGUUAUUUCUCCUACUCUCAGGUUUUCAAUGGCACCAGCAGUUGGGAUUUUAAAUCGUCUUCUUAGAAGCUCGGAAGUAUGUCUUUAGACAUGAAGCCAAAAAAAUCUGCACUGCAUCAACUUACCAAAAGCCUCCUUCGGAAUUACAGAAAGGGAGUCCGUCCCGUCCAGAACUGGACUCAGUCAACCAUGGUUUACAUUGACUUCAUUACUCAGUCCAUCCUGGAAGUGGAUGGAAAGAACCAGAAAAUGACCUUAAGUGUUUGGUAUCGACAGAUUUGGAAUGAUGAAUUUUUAGUGUGGGACCCCGCAGAAUUUGACGGAAUCAAUGAAAUCUCCUUGUCUUUCGACGUCAUUUGGGUUCCUGACAUCAUCAUCAGUGAAUUUGUGGAUGUAGGGAGCUCUCCUGAUAUGCCUUAUGUCUAUGUGAACUCCUCCGGUAUGAUUAAGAACUACAGACCUAUCCAAGUGGUGUCAGCCUGCAGCCUGGAAAUCUAUGCCUUCCCUUUCGACAGACAGAACUGUCCCCUGACCUUCAGAAGCUGGCUCCAUACAGUGAAUGAAGUGAACCUGACCCUAUGGAGGAGCUUGGAGGAUGUGGCGAACGACAAGAGCACCUUCAUGAAUGAAGGAGAGUGGGAGCUCAUCUCGGUGCCCUCCAGAUAUGAACAGCUGCACUUAGACUCCAGGGACUAUGCUCAGAUUCAGUUUAACGUGGUUGUUCGCAGACGUCCCUUGCUCUAUGUUGUCAGUUUACUGAUCCCCAGUUUAUUCCUUAUGAUUGUGGAUGUCAUGAGUUUCUACCUGCCUGCAAAUAGUGGCACCAGAAUCACCUUUAAGACCAGUAUCCUUUUGGGGUACACAUUAUUCAGAGUCAACAUAUCCAAUGAACUGCCAGCGACUGCUAUUAAAACACCUUUAAUAGGUGUGUUCUUUGCAGUCUGCAUGGCACUGCUGGUACUCAGCCUGGCGAAAUCCAUCCUCAUUGUGAAGCUGCUGUAUCACAGCGAGAAACCUGUAAAGGACAUGUCCGUCUCGGCCUGCCUCCUGGACAAAUACGGAUCUUACAGCCAAAGCAUCAAGGAUGGUGGAGGGCAAAGCAGAGGAUACCAGUUUGAAGUUUCGCCAAAGGUGGAGAUGACCCCCUCCAGUGGAGAACUGAGCAAGAACAUCCUUCUAGAGAAGAUCCUUCGGGAGAUCGUUGCUCUCAAGCAUUACCUUGAGCAGAUAGACGACGCUGGCAGCAUGACUGUGGAGUGGCUGGCUCUGUGUUACAAACUGGACAAGUUCCUGUUCCGCCUGUACCUGUUCAUCCUCGCCAUCUACAUCAGUGUUCUGUGUUCUCUCUGGGUCAUAUGGAGCUCCCCCUAGAGCUUGCAUACUAGACUCAAGACUUUUUUCAUUAGAACCCAUUAUAUCGUGUGUCAUAGAACACCUUUAAGCCGAGGGAACACAAAGCCACUUUUUCAGGAACAGUGGCUUGAAACCUGGUUCCAGGGGACCUAGUUUGAGGCAACUUUGCUGUAUCAAACCCCAAGUCUCCCCUGGUGUGCUGUGUAGUCACAAAGUGACUCUGUGUUCCCUCAGCUUUAGGCUACUCACAGGUACUGAACCAAAUAUUUGUGGUUUGUUUCAAUGUUACGUGGUAUGAUUGGGUUAGUAUAAAAUUAACUGCUUUACUACAUUUUUUUUUUUUGGAACACAUAUAUUCACUGUUUACACUGAAGAGGAGUUAAAUAGUUAUAACAAAACUAGUAAAAUGAGGUAGAACUGCAAGAGUAUGCACUGUAGAAAACGCUUUCCUUCAAUGACUUUAAACUCAUUGUGAGCCAAAGAAACCCCAACACUGUACAGCCCACUAUUGUUAAAAAUCAUGUUUGUUGGCAUGUAAUUAACACACUGUUUAGGAGAUUUGCAUACUGCAGUCCUGUAUUUUUUAAUGGAACCAACUAAUCACUGCUCACUGAGAGUAUUCAGAUGAAGCAUUUCUUUGCUACAGAGAACCCAACACCCCCAUAAGGACUACAAUGGCAAUGGAAGUGAUGGUAGAACACUGAUUGCAUCAGAACUACAAUGGUAUAGUAACAUGGUAUCACAGUCGGCUUGUGCAGUACCAUGGUUCCAGAUCAUUACCAUUGCUUUACUGUAUAAGGACCACCAUGUCAUGGUUAUUCCAAAUCCUUUGUGUUGCCCCUGCUGGUAUUUAAUGCUGUGAUCUGCUAAUGAUACUGCUACAGUUUCUUCAGGGUGAUAGACUAGGAUUCUGAUGGUAUCCCAAGGAGAACUUUCCUGCAAUACAGGCUUCAAGUCUGCAGGUAUCUAGAAUAAGUUGCAUACGCAGAACGCUGUAUACAAUACAGAUGUUAAACAAUCAAACUAGUGUUGUCUGUUUAUUAACUUACAUUUUUCUUCAUGCCUACAGAAAUAAGGGUCUUCCCAUUUACAAUACAUUGUUCCCAUUUUAACUGCUUA